CCUCUCUCUGUAGAAAACGUGCUUCAAUGACAUUCCAGUUACUGAUGUAAGGAGUCUAGCGUUAGUCCUGAGGAAGAUAUAGAAAUGUCUUUAUACUCUUUAUUUCGAGCUGUCAGGACAGAAGUAGUCAAGGGAUGUCUCACUCAGCACGUUCAGUCUCUCUACACCAGCUGCCCGAGUUUAGCAGCAGAUAAAGCACUUCUCCUCAAAUUACGUAAAUCUACGGGCUACACCUUUAUCAACUGCAAAAAGGCCCUGGAGAAAUCCAACAAUGACAUUACAGAGGCAGAAACCUGGCUGCACGAACAAGCCAAAAAAGAGGGCUGGAGUAAAGCGAAUAAACUGGAAGGUCGAAAAGUUAAGGAAGGGCUGAUUGGUCUCCUUAUGGGCGACAAUGCAGCGGUCAUGGUUGAGGUGAACUGUGAGACAGAUUUUGUGGCGAGGAAUGAGAAAUUCCAGCAGUUGGUGAAGGAUGUUGCUUUGUCUGUAAUGGCUCAUAACAGCAGCAAAAAACAAAAACAGGGUAUAUGAAGGUACAUGCCCUUCAUUGGCAUUUUCAGAAAUGUGCAUUUCCUCCACACCUUCUGUGAACUGAGUCUGCUGAUCUGUUCUCUGAUUCAGAGUGUGCUGUCUUCUGAGGAUAUUAAUAAGCUCGAUGUUCCUGAGGGAUCCUCACUGGCAGAUCAGGUGGCCUUGACUGUAGGGCGGUUAGGUGAGAACAUUGGCGUGCGGCGGGUCGUCUCACUUGCUGUGCCCUCUGAUUGGUACAUCGGCUCAUACAUUCAUGGGGCAGUUACCGAGCAGGUUGGCUUUGAGAUGGGGCGCUAUGGAUCGCUAGUUGUGUUUCAAGGUGGACCAAAGGAUGGGACAGACACUCUGGGAAGGAAGUUGGGGCAACAUAUAGUGGGUGAAGCACCCGUUUCUCUUGGCAACAUGGACGAUACACCAUGUGGUGAAGCUGAGACAAGACUUUUGCCCCAGACCUUCCUCCUAGAUCCUAAAUAUACUGUGGGACAGUUCCUGACUCUACAGAACGCACGUGUGCUAGACUUCAUACGCUUCCAGUGUGGAGAGAGCACCAGUCAGGAGGAGUGAACAGUUCUGUUUCGAAUGAGAAAAAAUGUCUCCUUAAAGCAGUGGUUCUCAGACCUGUCCCGGGGACCCCCAACCACACCAUAUUUUGUAUGCCUCCCUCGUUUAACACCCCUGAUUCAACUCUUCAGCUCAUUGGUAGAAUCUGCAAGACCUGAACUGGAUGUGGCCUAUGAGAGAGACACAAAAUAUCUGGUUGGGGGUCCUCAGGACAGGUUUGAGAACCACUACCUUUGUUGAAAAUCUAUUUUCAGUACAAACUUUUGGGCCAUUUUAACCAAAACAGGAUAAGAUCAUAUCCAUGAUAUCUCUGCCUGUACCCCUCAACCAAAAUUCUAGCUUAUUCAUGAAUUGAAUUAAGAAAAUAAAUUGUAAAGUGGUCUAAUAGACUGCUGACAUGUUACUGCUACAAAAAAAAUAUCCUCAGAUGAAUGAAUCUGAGAUAUUAUGUUUGUUUUGUGCCAUCACAAAAAAUAAACAUUUUGCAAUCUGAAA